GCGCGGUUUGGUAGUGGAUACGGUAAUGGCGUCCAUGGGCUGCAUUCUCUCUCCUACUCUUCUCUCUCUAAAAACCCUAAAAACCACCUGCUCUGCUCCCUCUCUCCUCCUCACUUUCCGUGCUCGCAAGCCUCUGAAAACCAAGAUAAUCCAGGGGAGAUCCACAAAAUUCACGGAGACUUUAAAAAUUGUUAACAAGCCGAAAAGCAGACAUAUUCAAUCAAGUGGAGAAAAGGGGUUCAAGUUUUUCUUGAGAAAUUUCAAGUACAUCUCAAUAUUUCAGCCAUUAUGGAAGUGCCAAUACUUUGUGCUGCAGUUUUGGUCGAUGCUUGACUCCAAAAAAAUGAAAUUCAGCAGUCAUUUUAUUGCUCUUCCAAAACUAAGGAAAUUUAGAGAGAUGGUCUACAAUAGUUUCUCAAAAAUUGUUGCUCGAUCAAUAAUAUACUUGAUGAUCAUAAUGUUAGUAUCCGUUGCUGUCAGCAAAAAUCCAUCAUGGGCCCUAACAGAGGAAAACCUCCUUUUUCUGGAGGCAUGGAGAACGAUAGAUCGCGCUUAUGUUGAUAAACAAUUCAAUGGGCAAAGCUGGUUCCGCUAUCGAGAAAAUGCGCUUCGGAAAGAACCAAUGAACACACGAGAAGAAACAUAUAUGGCAAUAAAGAAGAUGCUCGCAACAUUAGAUGAUCCGUUUACUCGUUUCCUAGAACCUGAUCAGUUCAAAAGCUUGCGGUCCGGCACUCAAGGUGCUCUUACAGGCAUUGGUUUGUCAAUUGGUUAUUCAACUGGUGUUGAUGGAGCUUCUACAAACCUUGCUGUGAUUUCAUCUACUCCAGGGAGCCCUGCAGAAAGGGCUGGUAUUACGCCUGGUGAUGUGAUCAUUGCUAUUGAUGAAACAAAUGCUGAAAACAUGGGAUUAUAUGAUGCUGCAGAGCGCCUACAGGGUCCAGAGGGAAGUUCAGUGAAAUUGGAAAUUCGUACUGGAGAUUUCCAACUAAAGAGCUUAACUUUAAAUGAAUGCAGGCGAGAAAAGGUUACAUUGAAUCCGGUCAGAUCGAAGUUAUGUGAGAUUUCUAGUCCAGGGAAAGAUCGUUCCAGGAUUGGAUAUAUCAAGCUUUCUUCAUUUAACCAAAAUGCUUCAGGAGCUGUAAAGGAAGCAAUCGAAACCUUGAGAGGUGAUAAUGUGACUUCUUUCGUGCUAGAUCUACGAAACAAUAGUGGGGGCCUUUUUCCUGAAGGAAUUGAGAUUGCAAAGAUCUGGCUACAGAAAGGUGUGAUUGUAUACAUAUGUGAUAGUCAAGGUGUUCGUGAUAUAUACGAGGCAGAUGGAAGCAAAGCAGUUGCUGCAUCAGAACCUCUAGCUGUGCUGGUAAACAAAGGUACUGCAAGUGCUAGCGAGAUUCUAGCUGGAGCAUUGAAGGACAACAAUCGUGCAGUAUUAUUUGGAGAACCAACAUUUGGAAAAGGUAAGAUACAAUCAGUUUUUGAGCUAUCAGAUGGCUCUGGUUUGGCUGUUACUGUUGCUCGUUAUGAGACUCCUGCACAUACUGAUAUUGACAAGGUGGGGGUUAUACCGGAUCAUCCCCUACCUGCAUCAUUUCCAAUGAAGAUGGAUGAAUUCUGUACGUGCCUCAAAGAUCCUGCUUCAUCUUGCAAUCUCAGUACAGCCCAGCUAUUUUCUCGAUGACCGUCAAAAUUGUGAAAUACUAUUCUUUUGAUGUAGCGAUAUGACACUAGUGAAAAAAAGAGGGAUAAUUAUCACACUAGCUCUGCUCCAGAAAUUUGAUUUUAAGGACUGUAUGCACUGAAAGUUCAUUGAUUUGUUCAUGUAUGCAACACAUUUAUACACAGCUAUUCAAAAUUUUCCACCCUAAUAGUGUUAUUCCGUGCUUAAA